CCAUCGGUGACUGUCUAUCUGGAGCGUCCUGGCGCUGCGCUGGAACACAGAAAACCUCGUCACCUUCAACACUGGGGAAUUUUCUCUAUUCGUCAACAGAAUAUCUGCCUUCUCGUCCCGACAGCCUUCUGCCUUUGCAUUCGAUUGUUUUGCCCGGCGGGUGUCAUUGACUCGGUUCUCCAAACGCACAUCAGGAACAAUUACGCACGGAUCUCCAGCCAUCAGUGCCGAGAUGUCCGGAUACCAGGGCAAGAAGAACAUCCCCCGCAUCACCAGUGACCGUCUUCUAAUCAAAGGAGCGAAGAUAGUGAAUGAUGAUCAGUCUUUCCAUGCGGAUAUCUACAUGGAGGAUGGAGUCAUCAAGCAAAUUGGUGAUAACCUCAUAGUUCCUGGUGGUGUGAAGACCAUUGAUGCCCACGGCAUGAUGCUGAUACCAGGUGGCAUUGAUGUCCAUACCCGCUUUCAGAUGCCUGAUCGGGGCAUGACAGCAGCCGAUGACUUCUACCAGGGCACGCGAGCUGCUCUGGCUGGUGGCACAACGAUGAUCAUUGAUCAUGUGGUUCCCGAGCCUGGUGUUAGUCUGAUUGCCGCCUUUAACCAGUGGAGAGAGUGGGCAGAUCAUAAAUCGUGCUGUGAUUACUCACUCCAUGUGGACAUCACGGAGUGGCACAAGGGCAUGCAGGAGGAGGUCGAGGCACUGGUCAAAGAUCACGGCGUCAACUCUUUCCUAGUCUACUUGGCUUACAAGGAUGUUUUCCAGCUGACCGACUCCCAGAUGUAUGAGGUGUUCAGUGUUAUCAGGGAUCUGGGAGCCAUCGCACAGGUGCAUGCAGAGAAUGGUGACAUCAUCGCUGAGGAGCAGAAGAGAAUUUUGGGAUUGGGUAUCACUGGUCCUGAGGGACAUGUCCUGAGCCGUCCAGAGGAGGUGGAGGCUGAAGCUGCAAACCGGGCCGUAACUGUGGCCAAUCAGACCAACUGUCCCCUCUAUAUCACCAAGGUGAUGAGCAAGAGUGCUGCUGAUGUCAUCGCCCAGGCCAGGAAAAAGGGUACCGUGGUGUACGGGGAGCCCAUCUCAGCUAGUUUGGGGACGGACGGCACUCAUUACUGGAGCAAAAACUGGGCCAAAGCUGCAGCUUACGUCACAUCUCCCCCCCUCAGUCCCGACCCCACUACACCGGACUAUCUCAACUCCCUGCUCGCCUGUGGUGAUCUGCAGGUUACUGGCAGUGCCCACUGCACCUUUAACACCUCUCAGAGGGCCGUUGGCAAAGAUAAUUUCACCUUCAUCCCAGAAGGAACAAACGGCACUGAGGAGAGAAUGUCUCUCAUCUGGGACAAAUGUGUGGUGACAGGUAAGAUGGAUGAAAGCCAGUUUGUGGCUGUGACGAGCACCAACGCCGCCAAGAUCUUUAACCUGUACCCACGUAAGGGUCGCAUCGCCGUGGGCUCCGAUGCUGAUCUGGUUCUAUGGGACCCCGAUGUCACCAAGAUCAUCUCUGCAAAGAACCACCACCUGGCGGUGGAGUAUAAUAUCUUCGAGGGCAUUGAGGUACGUGGAGCUCCUGUGGUGGUGAUCAGUCAGGGGAAGAUCGUAUUGGAGGACGGGAAUCUUCACACCACUGAGGGGUCUGGACGAUACAUCACCCGCAAACCCUUCGCUGACUACGUCUACAAGAGGAUAAAGGCUCGCAGCAAGCUUGCAGAGCUGCGUGGGGUCCCUCGGGGUCUGUACGAUGGCCCAGUGUGUGAGGUAACUGUAACACCCAAGGUAAUGACCCCUGUGACUUCCGGGAAGGCUUCUCCGACUAAAACAGCUCCUCAGCCAGUUCGCAACCUGCACCAGUCGGGAUUCAGCCUGUCUGGGGCUCAAAUUGAUGACAACCUCCCUCGUCGUAACACUCAACGCAUUGUAGCGCCACCUGGUGGCCGGGCCAACAUCACCAGCCUCGGAUAAAGUCAUUUACUCAAUAGAAAACAAAAAGAUGGGGUGGGGGAUUGGGUUAGAGAAACAUGGGCUAUUCCUCUGGAACCGGUUCUGGACUGUGUCCAACAAGCACACCUCCUACCCUUCCUCAUACAUUUCUAAUCCAUUCAUCCACCCCUCCUUCCAUGCUUUUAACCCCAGGGUCCCUUUCUUUGAAUGUGGUUUACUUGGGGGAGGGGCUACAGUCUGGAUACGCCCCUCAGUGCAAGAUGAUGUCAUCAAUAUUUUAGAUUCAUUUUCCAGGAAGAGAAAUAAGUUUUAAAUGCAUUCUGUAUAUCUUCUAAAAGAUAGUUCACUUGCACAUAAGCGACCUCAAAGCUAACAUACAUGGACUAAAAGCCACUAGACUUCAAACUAAAUAUUUUUGCCACUGACCCUUGUUUUCAAUAAAGAAAAACUUGAAUCCUGAAACUUAUAUGGCUAUCCAAGUAAGCCACGUUCGAAGUACCACCCGUCAUCUGCCUCCAUAUAGUAAUGUUUUAAUAUUUGUUUUAAUACUUUUAUUUUCAUUUUGAAAAUGAACAGCACAAAACUACCACCCUUUCAAAUGUGCUGUUGCCGUUUUGAUUUGUUGUUUUUCCUUGUAGGAAGAGCCGAUGAGUUAUUUAUUGUUUCAACAAUUAUGUUACAAACCACAUUUCUUUUUUACGUUUUGCAAAAGUGUCAACUCUUACACAAAAGCCUGAUUUAUCAAAGGUUUUUUAGAACUCAAAAGUUCAGUUUCUUUGGUAUGUAUGCUAUAAUUUAGGUUUCGGGACAGUGUUUGUACUGUAAAUCCCUCAUGUUUGUCUUCCUCAUGUUCUCGUACUUCUUUAUUGUUCACUUUAUUUUUCAGUAUUAAUUGACUGCUGUUUCGAGAUAUUUUAGAGCAAAACAAAAACACCGAAGAGACUAACAUUGGUGUCUUGGCAGUUGUGUGCAGUCCUGUGGGGUUUUGUUGUGAUUUGAAUUGACUAAUAUUUACACUGUAAAUGUCAAACCGUCUGUUCCUUCUUUACCCUGCAGUUUACACAAAGGGGGUUCUCACCAGAAAGAAUACAAUACAGAGAAAAUAAAGGAAAUAUCUCUAGGCAAGAAAGACGAAGCUGCUCCUUUUCCCCUUGUCAUUUCUGUCUAAAGCAAAGAGGGUUACCAUAGCAACAGGUCUCCAUCACUUGCCGUGCUGUGUUGGGCCAUUGCCCCGGUAACCUCUUCACAACGGGUGUUUAAUUCGUACUGUGGAUCCAUGCACGGGUUCAUCCGCUUACCCCGGGACAUCACAGCAGUUCAUACGGUGUUCACCACCAUGCCAUGGAGCAGCUACUCAACAACACCCCCCUCCUGUACACCACAAAACUCACCUUCACCUUUACUGUAAGGACAUUUUGCAGGUUGCAGUGACCACGGUUAUUUCAAACCGAUUGACCGGCAUGUUUAGGAGAUUCAGUGUUGAAUUAAAUGUUAAGUGACAGUUCUUUUCUUCUCUUGCAGUUCUACUUUGUUUUUAUAAAUUGAUUGCCUGCCUUUUCACCAAGUGAUACAGUUCUUGAUCAGUGUCUGUGAGUGUUGUUAUGACAAAAGCUGAACAUUUCUCAUGGAAGAUUAUGUACAGAAUUCAUCGUCCUUCAUGUCUUUGAUGGUUACAAUAAAAUGCAGUUGUGA